AUGCUAGCUUCUGAUGAAGUCGAUGAAAUCGUUGCGCUGCAGUAUUUGCCAGAGUCGCAGUCUGUGUUUGUCGCGUUGAAGGGUGGUGAUAUCUGUUUGAUUGCUACGGUUGAUGGGAGAUUGGGUGAUCAGCAUGAGGUAGUCGGAACAGUUGAAGGUGGAAUACUAUGUUCAUCAUGGAGUCCAGACGGUGAUCUCCUCUCUAUUGUCACUGGACGGUGGACUCUGCUACUAAUGAGCAGAGACUAUGAUGUUAUAUCGGAAGUCGCUAUACAUGUCAAUGAGGCUGGUGAAGACGCACAAGUAGCACUUGGAUGGGGCAAGAAAGAAACCCAAUUCCAUGGAUCUGCUGGUAAAGCAGCUGCUGCAAUCAAGAAACCCGAUAUCGUAAACGCUUUAUCUCCUGACGAUGAUAACAAACCACGAUUAUCAUGGCGUGGUGAUGCCCAAUACUUGUCGUGCUCUGUUAUUGAUGAGGUCAUGAUGAGGCGUGUUGUGCGUGUUUAUUCGAGAGAGGGUGUGUUGCAGAGUACAUCUGAGGCUGUGGAAGGGUUGGAGUGUGUAUUGUCGUGGAGACCGUCAGGCAACUUGAUUGCGUCGACACAAUGUAUAAAGGAUCGUCAUGAUGUUGUGUUCUUUGAAAGGAAUGGAUUGAGACAUGGUGAAUUCGAGUUGCGGCAGCCGCAUGCUACUAAAGUACGAGAACUAGCUUGGAAUGCAGACUCGACAAUCCUCGCAGUCUGGCUUGAACGAGAUGAUCAAGAUUCGAAUCAACCAUCAUCAGUCAUUCAAUUAUGGACUACUAUGAAUUAUCAUUGGUAUCUCAAGCAAGAGAUUAAUGCGCUACCAGGAGACUCAUUUGUUGGGUUGACUUGGGAUCCUGAAGUCUUGUAUCGGUUGCAUCUUGUUCAGAAAAGUGGCAUAUAUAGACAAAUCGAAGUAGCAUACGACACAUUCACAAGCACAUCUCUAAACCCAAACUCUCCUGCAACCGUCGCUGUAAUUGACGGAACAAACCUACUUAUUACACCAUUUAGACACUUGAACAUCCCACCACCCAUGUCUGCAUUCACUGUCUCUUUACCUGUCGCCGCUGUAAAUAUAGCAUUCGGUGCAGGUCAUUGUGGAGACGAUUUUGUUGUAUUGAUGAGUGAUGGAAGUGUUGGUGUUUUUGAGAGUUGUAGCGUUGUUAAACCUGUUAAGGAGCCGAGAAGGACUGGCACGUUCAGAUUACCAAACACAACAGAAAUCGCAUAUAGACAGAUAGCAUGGAUUGCUUCUAAUCUCAUUAUAGUUUUGGGUACACGAUUUGAAUCUAGUAGUGAUGUCGUCACUGCCAUUGUAUUCGAAUCGAGUCAAGAUGGACUGAAAAUAGUAGACUCACAUCAGAUUGCCAAAGCUCGUAAUGCUCGAUGGAUAAGACUACAUCACUCUAUAUCGACGGGUACUACUGUGCUGGAAGGUGUUGAUGGAUCUUGUUUCCAAGUAAACAAGGAGUCAUGGUCGCUACAUCCUUUCAGACUCUGUCCAAAGUUACCGACACCGUGUAAUUGGAUUUCGGUCCUAACGCUUGGAGAUGAUGACGAGAUUUCAAUGAUUGGCCUAACAAGUCGAAACAGACUAUACUGCAACCAAAACACCAUCUCAACUGAUUGCAUGUCAUACACGCUUCACGAUGAAUUCUUGAUUGUCUCGACUAUGACACACACAGCCAUGUUUUAUCCAUUGUCUGCUGAACCAUCUGUCUUCGGAACCAUUCCAGAAUGGGGAGAAUUCAAUCGAGCAGUUGAACGUGGUUCUCGAUGUGUAGUUGCUGUGCCUGGUGGUAUUAAUUUGGUGUUGCAGAUGCCGAGAGGCAAUUUGGAAACUGUUGCUCCGAGAGCGUUGGUGCUGUCUGCUGUUAGACGUUCUCUUGAUGGAUUGGAUUUCCAAACAGCAUUCAUCCAUUCCCGCAAACAUCGAAUCGAUUUGAAUCUUUUAUUUGAUCACAACCCAGCUUUAUUUAUGGACAAUCUGAAACUAUUUAUUACUCAAAUUGAAGAUCCAGAUUACUUGAAUUUGUUCUUGUCUAGUCUCAAGAACGAAGAUGUAACACUAAACAUGUACCGCCGCACAGCAGCAUACAAACACCCAGCUCCGGAAGUCGUUGCUGAAAAGACAAAUACCAUAUGUGAUGCUGUCAGAAACAUGCUUGAAACUAUUGAUGGCAAGAAAUAUGUGCAGACAAUUUUGACUGCCUUUGUGAGGAGGAAUCCACCUGAUUUGGAAGCUGCUAUUACGAGGAUACGGCAGUUACGAAUUGAAGAGUCUGUCGAAGCAGCUGAAUCAGCAUUGAAAUAUGUCGUAUUCUUGGCUGAUGCCAAUCGGCUGUAUGAUGUUGCAUUGAGCAUGUAUGAUCUACAGUUGGUUGUUAUGGUUGCCCAGCAUACUUUGAAGGAUCCUCGCGAAUAUCUUCCAUUCCUAUCAGAAAUCCAGAAACUGAGACCAGAGCAUCAAAAGUUUCGAAUUGAUGAUGCUUUGGGUAACCGUGAAAAGGCAUUGUCGCAUUUACGUGAUGCUGGGCCUGAUCAUUGGGAGGAGUGUAUCAAGUAUGUAAAGACUCAUAAGCUGUAUAGGGCUGCAUUGGAAGUGUUUGAGCAGGAUGCUGAGAAACUGCGCAUCAUGUUGGAAAUCUAUGCUGAUCAUCUGUUGGAGGCAAUGAACUUUGAAGACGCUGCCAUCAUCUUGGAACUAUGUGGUAAAAGGGCCGAAGCUCUAGACGCUUAUCGUCGCGCAACUCGAUGGCAAGAAGCAUUCUCUCUUGCUCAUCAAUUAUCAUGGCCCGAACAAGACAUGAUUGAAAUGGCACAAGAACUCGCGGAUGAGCUUGCACAAGGUCGAAUACGAGAUGCUGUCACUGUCUUGUUAGAGUAUGCUAAAGAUGUUGAUGGUGCUGUGGCGCUGCUUUUGACUGGGGUUUAUUGGUUGGAUGCUAUCAGGAUUGCACAUAGUUCGAAUCGAGUUGAUUUGAUUGACAAGAGGAUUAAGCCUGCUAUUGCUGAAGCUGCAUCACAGAUGAUUGAAGACUUACAAGAGAUAUCUGCAGCAUGUAAAAAGUGUCAAACUCGUCUUGCUGUCCUUCGACAAGAUAAACAAUAUCGUCUUGCACAUCCCGAGCUGUUUCAGUUCGAUGCACAUGUGAUGGACGAUAUACAUGUGGCGGAUGAUACUGCUUCGUUGGCUACGACACGGUUGACUGGAACGUCUCGUGGAACUCGAUCCACUGGCAAAACCUCCCGCAAGUCAGCCAAACGACGAGAGAAGGGUGUCUAUUCCAGUAAAGAGGGAGGCGCAUACGAAGAAGAGUAUCUCGUCACGGCCAUUCGUGGAUUUUUGACGAGAGUUAAUGCUAUGAGUGGAGACCUCUCGGCAACUGUUCGAGCACUAUCAAUCACACACCAACUAUCUAUUGGUCGUCAGCUCAAGACACAAUAUUCAGCUACAGCUAAGAUUGUUCAAGAGUCUAGUUUGGUUGCUUUUAAAACACUUCCUGCUGGCAAUGAAACAAUGAUGGAAAUACGAGCUUGGUACGAGGAAGGCCCAAUCGGAGUACUUUCUCCUCCCAUCCUCAAGUUGUUGGAAGCUCCACCGCCUGUUGUUGGUGAUAGUAGUGUCAGCUUCUUGUAA